GGCCCCUCCUCCCGGGAGGGCGGGCGGCGCUGCGGGGCGGGGCGCGGGCUCACUCGGCCUCCUGGCGGCGCCGCGGCCCCUGCACUCGGGCCGGGCUCUGCUGGCUGCGGCGGGAGCUGGACGCGGGAGGCGGCGGCGGCGGCGGUGGCGCUGGAACAGUGAACCAUGGAGCUGUAUUUCGGUGAAUAUCAACAUGUACAGCAGGAAUAUGGGGUCCAUCUGAGACUUGCAAGUGAUGAUACAAAAAAAUCAAGGGGUUCCCAGAACUCCAAGGCAGGCUCCUACGGUGUCAGUAUUAGGGUCCAGGGAAUUGAUGGUCACCCCUACAUAGUCCUGAACAACACGGAACGGUGCCUAGCAGGCACAGCAUUUCCACCCCCAGUGAUAAACAACCUGCCUCUACAUUCCAGCAAUGGUUCUGUGCUAAAGGAGAACAGUGAAGAAGAACUGCGGCUUCCAGAAAAUCCAUACGCCCAACGUAACCCACUAGGAAACCUGAAACAGCCCCCUCUCCACGAGGGCAAGAAUGGAGUGCUGGAUCGCAAAGAAGAGUCCGUGAAGCCAUCUCCUGUCCUCAACUUUCAGAGGCAUCCAGAGCUUUUGCAGCCCUAUGACCCUGAAAAGAAUGAGUUACACUUACAAAAUCACCAGCCUCCUGAGAGUAAUUGGCUAAAAACGUUGACAGAAGAAGGCAUCAGCAAUAAGAAGCCUUGGACUUGCUUUCCUAACCCUAGCAGUUCCCAGCCUACCAGUCCCUCCUUGGAAGACCCGGCCAAAUCUGGUGUGACAGCUAUUCGUUUAUGCAGCUCUGUGGUCAUAGAGGACCCCAAAACGCAGACCUCAGUGUGUGUAAAUGUUCAGAGCUGCACCAAAGAGAAGGUGGGAGAGGAGGCCCUUUCCACUAGCGGGAGGCCCCUCACUGCCCACAGCCCACAGGCCCACCCGGAAACCAAGAAGACCAGGCCAGAUGUGCUUCCCUUCCGGCGACAGGAUUCAGCGGGACCCGUCCUGGAUGGAGCUCGCUCCCGGAGGUCCUCCUCGUCGUCGACAACUCCCACUUCAGCCACCUCUUUGUACAGGUUUUUACUGGAUGAUCAGGAAUGUGCCAUCCAUGCCGACAACGUCAAUCGUCAUGAAAACAGAAGGUAUAUCCCCUUCCUGCCAGGAACUGGACGGGAUAUUGAUACGGGAUCAAUUCCUGGUGUGGAGCAGUUAAUUGAGAAAUUUGAUCAAAAACCUGGGCUUCAGAGAAGAGGCAGGUCUGGGAAGCGAAACAGAAUCCAUCCAGAUGACAGGAAAAGGUCCAGAAGCGUGGACAGCGCCUUUCCUUUCGGCCUCCAAGGGAACUCGGAGUACCUGACUGAGUUUAGUAGGAACUUGGGCAAGUCAAGCGAACACCUCCUCCGGCCUUCCCAGGUGUGCCCGCAGCGGCCGCCGGCUCCUGAGCGCCGUGGGAAACAGAGCCUGGGACGAACCUUUGCAAAGCUGCAGGGAGCACUGCACAGGGCUCCCCAGCAGAACACAGGCGGGAAAGUUCUGGAAACCAAAGGUAGUCAGGAAAGUACAGUGAUCCGUGCUCCCUCCCUUCUUGCACAGAGUAAAAAGGAGGAGGACGUGAAAACAGCCACAGCUACACUGAUGUUACAGAGCCGGGCGGCGGCAGCCUCGCCUGAUUCUGGUGCCAAGAAAAUCUCUGUGAAGACUUUUCCUUCGGCCUCGAAUACUCAGGCCACACCAGACCUCUUAAAGGGCCAGCAAGAGCUCACUCAGCAAACCAACGAGGAGACGGCCAAGCAGAUUCUCUACAAUUACCUCAAAGAAGGAAGCACCGAAAAUGACGAUGCCACUAAAAGGAAAGUCAACUUGGUCUUUGAGAAAAUCCAGACCUUAAAGUCUCGAGCAGCUGGGAGUGCACAAGGAAAUAACCAACCUUCGAAUUCCGCAUCUGAAGUCAGAGAUCUACUGGAACAGAAAAACAGGUUGACCAAGGAAGUGGCAGAACUUCAGAGACAGCUGCAACUGGAAGUGAAGAAUCAACAGAACGUGCAGGAAGAGAGAGGCAGGAUGAGCGCAAACCUGGAAGAGCUCCGAAGCCAGCACAACAGAAAGGUGGAGGAGAACUCCACGUUGCAGCAGCGCCUGGAAGAAAGCGAAGGGGAGCUCCGGAAGAACCUGGAGGAGCUGUUCCAGGUGAAGAUGGAACGGGAGCAGUAUCAGACUGAGAUCAGGGAUCUCCAAGACCAGCUCUCAGAAAUGCAUGACGAACUGGACAGUGCAAAGCGAUCAGAGGACAGGGAGAAGGGGGCUCUGAUUGAGGAGCUGUUACAGGCAAAACAGGAUCUUCAAGAUCUGCUGAUUGCCAGGGAGGAGCAAGAAGACCUCCUGAGAAAGCGAGAGCGUGAACUCACUGCCCUGAAGGGAGCCCUGAAAGAAGAGGUUUCCAGCCACGAUCAGCAGAUGGACAAGCUGAAGGAGCAGUACGACGCCGAGCUGCAGGCCCUGCGGGAGAGUGUGGAAGAGGCCACCAAGAAUGUCGAGGUCCUGGCCAGCAGGAGCAACACUUCAGAGCAAGACCAGGUGGAGACUGAAAUGCGUGUGAAGCUUCUGCGGGAGGAGAAUGAGAAGCUGCAGGGGAGAAAUGCAGAGCUGGAGCGGAGAGUUGCUCAGCUUCAAAGGCAGAUCGAAGACCUGCAAGGAGAUGAAGCCAAGGCAAAGGAAACGCUCAAGAAGUAUGAGGGAGAAAUACGACAAUUAGAGGAGGCCCUUGUGCACGCCAGAAAGGAAGAGAAAGAAGCCGUGUCAGCCAGAAGGGCCCUGGAGAGUGAGCUGGAGGCUGCUCAGAGAAAUCUGAGUUGGACCACCCAGGAGCAGAAACAGUUGUCUGAGAAGCUGAAAGAGGAGAAUGAGCAGAAGGAGCAGCUAAGAAGGCUGAAGAACGAGAUGGAGAACGAGCGGUGGGACCUGGACAAGACCAUCGAGAAACUGCAGAAGGAGAUGGCAGACAUUGUUGAGGCCUCCCGCAUAUCGACCCUGGAGCUCCAGAACCAGCUGGACGAGUACAAGGAGAAAAAUCGCAGGGAGCUCGCAGAAAUGCAAAGACAGUUGAAGGAGAAAACCCUGGAGGCAGAAAAGUUCCAACUCACAGCUGUGAAAAUGCAGGAUGAGAUGCAGCUGAUGGAGGAAGAGGUACGGGCCUACCAGAGAGCUCAGGACGAAGGACUCACAAAAAGGCAGCUUCUGGAGCAGACGCUGAAGGACCUGGAGUAUGAGCUGGAAGCCAGGAGUCACCUCAAGGAUGACCGCAGCAGACUGCUGAAGCAGAUGGAGGACAAGGUCUCUCAACUGGAGAUGGAGCUGGAAGAAGAAAGAAACAACUCGGAUUUGCUGUCUGAGAGGAUCAGUAGGAGCAGGGAACAGAUGGAGCAGGUGAGGAAUGAGCUGCUUCAGGAGAGAGCUGCGAGGCAAGACCUGGAGUGUGACAAGAUUUCCCUGGAGAGGCAGAACAAGGACUUAAAGAGCCGGAUUGUCCACCUGGAAGGUUCCUACCGGUCCAGCAAAGAGGGGCUGGUUGUGCAGAUGGAGGCCAGGAUUGCAGAGCUGGAGGACCGCCUGGAGAGUGAGGAGAGGGAUCGGGCCAACCUGCAGCUCAGCAACCGGCGGCUGGAGCGGAAAGUGAAGGAGCUGGUGAUGCAGGUGGAUGAGGAGCACCUGUCGCUGACCGAUCAGAAGGACCAGCUGAGCUUGCGUUUGAAAGCCAUGAAGCGGCAGGUGGAGGAGGCCGAGGAGGAAAUCGACAGACUGGAAAGUUCUAAAAAGAAGCUGCAGAGGGAGCUGGAGGAGCAGAUGGACAUGAAUGAGCAUCUGCAGGGGCAGCUCAACUCCAUGAAGAAGGACUUAAGCAGACUGAAGAAGCUGCCGAGUAAGGUUCUGGAUGACAUGGAUGACGACGAUGACCUCAGCACGGAGGGGGGAAGCCUCUACGAGGCGCCCCUGAGCUACACCUUCCCCAAGGACAGUGCCGCCGCCAGCCAGAUCUGAGUGCGCUCCCGGGCUGCAGCCACCCAAAGCGGGAGGCGGGGAGGGGAGCGUCCGUCUGCCACCGACACCAUGGCCGCCUCUUUGCACAGCAUGCCAGUUCCUCUCCAGGGUCUCUCAGUGGGUCUUCAGCAGGAGCUUUUGCAGUUUAAAACAUUGGGAUGCCUAAGGAACAGGAGCCACCACCUCCUGGGGUGUUGUGAGAAACACACUGUGGUGGGCUGAGGUCCCUGUUCCACAGUCACUGUUUCCACUGCUGUCCCUGGCCCCCUCCUCACUCACCCUGCCAAGACAAAGGGUCCCGAAGGCUAGGUCUUAUUCAGUAGCACUGCAGGGAGGAAACAGUGUGUAGCUUGUACAUAUUUUAACCCAGACCUGACGGACUGCUGCUCUUCUGUUUGGAAUGUGACAGAGGCUUGGUAGGGCAGCUGCUUUGUAAAGUUCAGGCACCUGUAUUGAGUAUUUUUUUUUUUUUUUUUGAGAUGGAGUUUUAAUCUUGUUGCCCAGGCUGGAGUGCAAUGGUGUGAUCUCUGCUCACUGCAACCUCUGCCACCCAGGUUCAAGUGAUUCUCCUGCCUCAGCCUCCUAAGUAGCCGGGACUACAGGUGCCCGCCACCACUUCUGGUUAACUUUUUGUAUUUAGUAGAGAUGGGAUUUUGCCAUGUUGGUCAGGCUGGCCUCCAACUCUUGACCUCAGGUGAUCCACGUGCCUCAGCCUCCCAAAGUGCUAAGAUUAUAGGCAUGAGCUGCUGCACUCGGCCUUUGAGUAUUCUUUUUUAGAAUAUGAACUAUUAGAUUUUAUGUAUGAAGGAGCAGAGGUGACAGAGAGAGCAAGUCAAAUAAAGGCCACUUUGGAAACCAGGGUUGGAAAAAAAGAAUUGUAUUGGGCACAGACAACUAAGGCCGAGAAUGGCAGUUCACGUGGUCUGGGUAAACAGUGCAUUGGAAGAGGAGAAAGCCAGAAGGUCACUUGUGUCUAUGGCUGCAGCUAUGGCCUUGUUUGCUUAUUUUAUCUAGAAUUCUAUUACAGUUUCUGAACCCUGCUGAGACCCGUUCCGAGUCACUGAUUGCAAUUUCUUUUACACAGGUGGGGUAGGGAGACUUGUAAAUAAGCUUUUAAACAAAUGAUGCCAUUUCUGGAAUGAUGGGGCUCUGUGGUCAUGUCUUACUGGUCCUUUUCCCCUCCUCCCACAGCAGGCUUUUGGGAUUGGGGGAUUAGGAGGAUAUGUGGGAAAGGUUCAUGGACUUAGCUGUGAGAACUAAGGUCAUGGGGGAAGGGAGAGGAGAGAGGAGAGAGGCAGGUGUGGGUGUGGGUUCUGUGUGAGAAAGAAGACAGAGAAGCUCUUGAAAGCUGGGGGAUAUUUAGGCCAGAGGUGCGUUGAUAGGAGCUCACGUUUAUGUCGAGGAGGUGAAGGAAGACAGAAACAGAAGCCAGGCAGAGGUGUCUCUGUGCAAACUGGAGGACUCCUUCCAAUUUUGUGGGACAAAGAGACAUCAGCAGCAGUAGGCUGGCAGGGAACGGUUGACGUCUGGGGGGCAAGGCCACGUGACUGGAGAGAAAUUUCAGGGAGCAUGGGGUCAGGAGGAUGCUGGGUAUCCGGGCACUCCCUCCUGGCAUUCCUGUGUCACUUCGCAUUGUGACAGUCCCCAGGCAUGCCCAUAGGCCAGGUCCAAUCGCAGCUGGACUUCCACAGGUUGGAGUAUGGGAUAGGCAGCUAAGUAGGGGUAUGGCCAGGGAGAGGACCCUGUGAGUUGGUGACAUUUAUGGGGCAGAGAUAGUAGUGUUCAGCUGCUUCCACAGUGUCCCCAGACACCCCAAUAGGUGGGGGGCCGGUGGGCCAGAGAACGUCAUGACAGUUGCCAUGGAGUCCCACCUGCACCAGGUCAGAGCCCAGCCAACAGGAUUCAGAGUGGUCAGCCCAGUUUAAGGGUGGGAGUCUGGAGCCAGAGAGCCAAGCCCCUUCCAUGUCUACAGGGUCACUGUCAUCCUCACCACAGUCGGGGGUGAUUCUCUCCUUUGCUUGCUUAUGUGGGGUAUGGACAGCUCCUCCCUUUAGCCAUUCAUUCAUUUAGCAGAUUACUGAGCCUCAGUGAUGUGUCAGGUGCAGUCCUUGGCACAGAGACUACAGCAAUGAAUUAAACAGCUACAAAUUCCUCCCCUCUUGGAGCCCAGUGUUGGGAAAGCGGGUGACAGAUGACAAACUGACAUGGAGGUUGAGCACCUCUGUACUCAGCCCUUCAUGUCUCUGUCCUCCUGAGAACGUGACAAGCCUGGUUUCCCUAGAGCUCACUCUGACCUUCGGCAUGUUCAUAAUUGCCCUGCUGCUUCUGCCGUCAUUCGACCUGCCUAGAAAAGCCUGGGCCCACUCGUACCUGGAGACGGAGCUGCGGAAGGUCAGCAUGCUGGAGAACUGUGGGAGUGUGUGUGUUUCGGUUUGUGGGCACGCAGCUGCCCCUCGUUCUGGCCAGUUCUUUGCGGUGGCCAUGAGGCUGGCUCCAGCUGUCCAUGAAGAGAGAACAGAGGUCACCUUUCAGAAUCCUUGCCGCAUUGCCGUAAGAAGAGGCUGUUAAACGUUUUGACGGCUGUGCUAUCCUACACUCUGAGGGCACUGGCAGCACAUGCGGGUUACUGGAGUGGAAGUUAAGAGAAGGGUUUUCAAGCCCCAGCUCAUCUCACCCCAGUGACCUUGACAGUUGCUCAAUCUCAGAGCUUGGGACAACGUGAAGAUUAGGGCCCAGGGUCCUUUCCAGGUAUAACAUGCUAUCCUUCUUUAAUUUUAUUAUAUAUACAUAUAUAUAUAUAUUUUUCUUUAAGAACUAACCCCAAUCAAGAGUAUUUUCUUUAGGUAGCUUAAAAAGAAAACAUCUAUUUUAUGUAAAAACACAUACAUGGCCAGAUGCAAUGCCGAAGAGACAAUCAUCUGUAGCUUUUAUGUACUUCUGCCUCGGAGUGUCAUUCUGCAGUGCAGUCUGGAUGUUCCCCUGGGCUUCUGCUUUGGGGUACGGUUGGGUUGCUUUGGGUUGUCGUGGGAAAGGGACAUUGUUCUUGCGGCUACCUCCAUCUCCGUGAAUUCCUGGAUAAAGCAAGAUUUCCUUUCAAUAAACGCUGUCGCGCAAUGGGAAUUUUGA